AUGAGCAUCCCGAAGGGCAAAGGUCCAAUAUUUGAUCCGGGUUUGUGUCGAUGUUGUGGUUCUAUAAAGAAAUGUCGUGUUCUGAAUAUAGAAUACGAAAAUAAUGGGAAGAAAGAAGUUUAUUCUGACAUGAUGAUGGACUGCUUCGGCCUCUUACUGUCUCGCCUGGACGGAAAGCCAUCUGAGAGGCUGGUCUGCGCCACAUGCGUCAUGAGAAUCCGGGAUGCCUUCUCCUUCCGACAGCAAGUACUCCACUGCGAAGAAGCCUUCUUACAAACGAAGGUGUAUAAUUCAACGAGUCUAGACUGUCAGUCUCUUCUAGAAGAUGCGUUAGGGGAUGGUGGCUCUCAAGUCGUUGUGGAAGUUGUUAAGACUGAACCUUGUGAGAUGGAUGAGCUUAGCAUCGGCGGCGACAUCUGUGCUGAGGUCUUACCUGACGUUAACGUCGAAGAUACGAAGGCAGAUCUAGGUUCGGAUCACGAUAGUUCAAACGACAACUUGCCAUUAAUACAACGCAGUGAGUGUAGAGAACCUAAGGAAGAAGUUCAGAGACCGAUCACCAGGGCUAGUCAAUUUAAACACUUGAUGGGGAAGACGAAUCGUAUACCGAUGACGAAGGUACAGCAGCUCAUAAGAGAGAAAGACCCAACGUACAUGACCGAAACGAACAUAUUGACCAUAGUCGAAUUCUCGUACGUGUGCCCGUUCAAAUGUCGACACAAUCACCUGCUCUGCUACUACUGCGGCGAGAACUUCUCGGAUCCGCGUCUGAUGCGGGAGCACACGAUGAACCAGCACCACCCGAAGAAGUUUAAGGUGACCGAGCACAAGAACAUGAUCAAGGUGGAUUUGACGAGGAUCGACUGCAGACUGUGCCCUCAGAGGAUCGACGAUCUGGACGAGUUCAAGAGCCACAUCGCUGGGACGCACAAGAAGAAGUACUACUUCGACUAUAAGGACUCGGUGUUGCCGUUCCGUUUGACUAAGGAGGAGAUCAGAUGCGCGCUGUGCAACCUCGUGUUCCCUUACUUCCACGCUCUGAACAAACACAUGAACGAGCAUUUCAGUAAUUACGUGUGCGAAACUUGCGGAUUGGGUUUCGUGGACAAGGGCAGGUUCGUGAUGCACCAGCAGCGCCACGAGCAGGGCGCCUUCCCCUGCGAGAGCUGCGGGAAGGUGUUCAAGGCGGAGUACAACCGGGACCUGCACGUGGAUCGCGUGCACCGGAAGCGCGGCCGGGUCUACUGCCCGAAGUGCGACGUCAAGCUCAUGUCCUACCCGCAGAAGCUGAAGCAUCUGGUCGAGGUACACGGCGAGCAACCCAUGUCGUUUCCUUGCACUAUGUGCGAUAAAGUAUGCGAGACGCGACGCACCCUCACGAUACACUGGAGGAAGGACCACUUGAAAGAUUUCAGAUACGAAUGCCAGUGCUGCGGUCAGAAGUUCUUCACGAGGUUCGCUCUGAACAACCACAUGCCGACGCACACGGGCGAGAGGAACUUCAAGUGUAAGGUCUGCGAGAAGUCGUACCCUCGCCUCAAGACCCUGAAGGACCACAUGCGGAUCCAUACGAACGAUAGACGCUACCGGUGUCACAUAUGCGGGCAGGCCUUCAUACAGAACUGCAGCCUCAAGGGGCACAUGAAGAGUCAACACCCGGAGUACGGAUAAAAUAAAGAAAUAA